AUGAAUAUAUUCAAUUUUAUAUUGCUAUUCUACAAUGGUGAAAAGAGGGAAUUUUUUCCUGAGGAGAUUUCAUCCAUGGCUCUUAUGAAACUCAAAGAUGUUGCAGAAGCAUACCUAGGUGAUACAGUGAUAGAUGCAGUCAUCACUGUGCCAGCUUAUUUUGAUGAUUCACAACGUCGAGCCACAAAGGAUGCAGGAUAUGUUGCUGGACUUAAUGUUCUUCAAAUAAUCAAUGAACCUACCUCAGCUGCAAUCGCUUAUGGGUUUGACAUGACUACAAAUAUAACUCGUUGA